AUGUCCUUUUUUGAAAGCCUUCGCCAAAAGGCGCCAUUUUUGGACAGAAUAGCUGAGAAUUUCACCCCUGCAAUAACACGAGAUGAAAAGUUCAAGCUGGAAUACAAGUUACCUGCUGAUGAGAAUAUUUUGGAUGACACUAAUGCGGACUUAUCGUUUGUGAGUGCUUUUGGCAAGUUGAAGGAGUUGCAAAAGGUCAAGAAUACGAACGAACAGGCAAUGGCUUAUGUAUACUCAGGUAAGCUGUUUUUAACACCUCAUUACUUGUUAUUUCGAGACUCCUUUGAUCAUUCUUCCUGUAUCAUGGUGGUGAACUUAUCGGCUGUAAAGCGUGUGGAAAGGGCAACAUCGACUGCCUAUGCCUUUUCACUUCUUGUAACGUUGUACUCUGGAAGUCAGAUAGUAAUCCAAUUCAUUGGACUUCGCUAUAGAUCAGAACAGUUUUGUGCUCAAAUGAAACUAAGACUUAAAGACAAUGUUCCUAAUGCAAAGGAACUGCCUGAAUUUCUGGCAUCAUGUUACUCUGAAUUCUUAUUGAGAAAAAAUCUACUGCGAAUAAAAGAUAUCACAGUUCCUCCUGCGGGUUUGGGUCAGUUAUACAAGUAUCCCGGUAAUCCAACGGUUGCCAAGGAAAAGGCUAAAUUGCGGCUUUGGUUCAACUAUUUUAAAGAACACGGAGCAAAUAUAGGGAUUGUCAAAAAUCAUGAAUUUCAAAAGCUAAUUAGGAUAGGAGUGCCAAAUAGAUUAAGGAGCGAAAUAUGGGAACUCUGCUGUGGAUCGAUAUAUUUAAGGCAGGCACAUAGAGGUGAAUACGAACGAAUUUUGAAGGAUAAUGAAGGGAAAAGCUCGCAGGCUGUUGAAGAAAUUGAAAAGGAUUUGAAAAGGUCACUCCCGGAGUAUUCUGCGUAUCAAAAGGAGGAAGGUAUUCAGCGACUAAGAAACGUCCUAACAGCGUACUCUUGGAAGAAUCCUGAUGUUGGGUAUUGUCAGGCUAUGAACAUAGUUGUUGCCGGUUUAUUAAUAUACAUGACAGAAGAGCAAGCUUUCUGGUGCCUUUCUAACAUCUGUGAUAUUUACGUCCCGGGAUAUUAUUCAAAGACCAUGUAUGGUACUUUAUUAGAUCAAAAAGUUUUCGAAGCGUUCGUAAAGGAAAAAAUGCCUGUUCUGUGGGAGCAUAUUGUCAAGUAUGAUAUCCAAAUGUCUGUUGUUUCUCUUCCAUGGUUUUUAUCGCUCUUUUUCACCUCCAUGCCAUUAGAAUAUGCGUUUAGAAUUAUGGACAUAUUUUUCCUUUAUGGAUCUAAAACUUUAUUUCAAGUUUCUUUAGCUAUAUUAAAGGUAAAUGGCGAUGAUCUUUUAGAGGUUGAAGAUGACGGUAUGUUCAUUGCAAUUUUGAAAAAUUACUUCCAUACCUUGAGCGACAGUGCGCAUCCAGAUUCAAGCGAUAUUAAAUAUAGACAGAUAACAAAAUUUCAAGAGCUUUUAGUGACAGCAUUUAAAGAGUUUAAUGUUAUCACAGAAUCGAUUGUAGCACAGGAGAGAAAUAGAUUCCAAAAAAGUAUUUUUCAAGACAUUGAAACAUUCGUCAAGCGUACUCAAUUGAGACACAUGCCCAAGACGUUCAAUCUUUCUCAAGAACAGUUAUCUAAUAUCUAUGACAUUUUUUAUCAAAGCAUUGAAAGUCAUAAGAUCAGCAUGGGGACUGGAUCAUCUAAUAUGGAGUUUGAAAUAUUUAUUCAAUUCUUGAGUAAAUUUUGUGACUGGAGUAAACCUUCAGAAACUGAUAAUGAUCCAUCUUUCAGAAAACAGAAAAGAGGUUUUCUCAAGAGACUGUUUAAAAAGUGGGAUUCUAGUAGAAUUGGUGAGCUUACACUAUAUGAUGUAGUCUCUGGUCUAGACAAGCUCAUAACGCAAGAUCUUUUGGAAUCUAUCAACUUCUUUUUCUCUCUCUACGAUGAGGAUGAUGAUAACGAACUACUUCGAGAAGAAGUCUUACAAAUUUCUGAGGGUCUGCUGUUUUUGACUGAGCCCUGGAAAACAGGAAGAUACGUUGAUGAACUGACGAAAAAAUCUAUAGAAAAUGGUAUUGCUGAAUCUAUUGUCAAAGAGAAUGGUUCGGCGAUAACCGUGGAGCAAAUAAGUCUCCCAUCCGGUGUUACGGUUGAUGAAGAAAAAUACAAGUCAGAGCAAACUGAACGUUAUUUGGAAGCUGCCAGCAACUUCUUGCAAAGAUCGUUCGAAUACGCAAAGCCUUUAGAGUUGAGUGAGGAAAUCAAUUUAAUAGAUCUUUCAGAUGACGAAGAUACCGACAGUGGCACAAAGCAAAAGAAUUAUGAGGCUAUGAUGGCAAACGCAGCUUUGGAUCCUACGCAUCCAAAAGUCUUAGAUCUCGCCACCUUUAGAAUGAUCAUAUUGGCGGAUGAAACCUAUGAGCUGUUUUUCACAUCAACUUUCAGAAAUUCGAUCCAUGUAGAUGAGCAGGUGGACCCUUCUGAAGGCAAGGAAAAAGCACUAAGAAAUAUGUUCGAUGGUAUAAUUGCUGACGGUAAAAGGGUUGCAGAGGAAGUCCGUCGUCGUGUAGACUCGGUGGCCACAAAGGGCAGUAUUGCCUCCUCUGAGAGUAACUCACAAACACUUAAUGGCAGCUCUACGACUAGUGGAACUUCCCACAUAUCAGCAUCCAAGGAUGACAGGAUGGACGAUGUUGAUGAUUUCACCACAGAACAUCCAAACGAACAAGAAGAACUUUUGAGUACUUCGUGGAUAGAGAUGGAUAGCGCACCAGACCCUUCCACUAAUCAAAACAGGACAUUAAGAGCAAUAUCAGCUGAGACUUCUAGUGACCAAAAGGAUCUCAUCGAGUUCGAAACGAAUUGA